CGCCAAGACGAUAGAGUGAAGACUGUGGAACAGCAUGAUAUUUCUUAUUGGACAACACCAGUUGGCCUCUCUAGGCCUUCAGCUGCUCAGCUGAAUAGCUCUCAUGAUCUUCGAUCAUCGGGCUUUGUUGAAAGCCCUCCUCGCUUAUCACUCACAGCGUUCCAUAAAGCAGUACCUAUUGAUAUUUCUUUUGCUGUUUGCUGAGGGCAUAAAUAUGGAGCGCGCACCUCAACAAUUUGCACUUCAUUCAGCAUAGCAUUCAAUCUUCCCUCAGUUGCAGAAUCGAAUAGGUCCACGUUGGAUACAACCAAGCUUCUCAAAGUUUCAGCACGAGACCAACCAUCAUGAAGGUCACCGCGACCAUCGCUGCCGUUGCCCUGGCAUUCGCAGCUUCCACGAGGGCUGCCACGUGCACCCCGGGCUUGGACUACUGUUCAAAUGUAUUGUUGGAUGUCGAUCCCAGCAACCGUAAUGCUAUCUCGCAGACCUUACAAAGCAGCGGAGGUGGCGCCUAUGCCAACGACCAAUCUUCAUGGAAGAGCCUUAUAUUCCAUUGCAACAAUGAUCAUUCCCUCACUUGGCGGAAAUGUGAUGAAUAUGAAGAGUGUGCCAAUCAAGGCUCUGGCAAGAAUGAUAUCUGUGUAUUUGACGCCAUCUUUUGAAGCUCUUAGAGAUGUGGAUGGAAGGCAUGCCAGGGGCAUACCAUUUGGCCCAGGACUGGUGAACUAUGGGCAUACAAGGAAGACUGGUGGAUUAUGCCUCGAUUAAGCAAACAUAUAAGGCGAGCAACUGAUAGUCUCUUCGUUGUUACAUAACCUACAACAAACCUCGGGUGAAGGUCCAUAUUUGCUAUGA